GGAAGUGCCCGCCCCUCUAAGCUUGGGUGGGAUGGCUGCAGGCCGGUCCCUCGUGCGUCGACUCCGCGCGUCUUUCCGUUCCCUGCCUCUGCCGGUCCUCGCCAGGGGCAUGCACGCCGGGGGCGGUCUCCGAAGGCUCUCCAUCGAAGGCAACAUCGCUGUGGGCAAAUCCACCUUUGUGAAGUUACUCACGAAAACUCACCCAGAGUGGCAGGUGGCUACAGAACCUAUAGCAACAUGGCAGAAUAUCCAAGCGGCUGGCACCCAAAAAGACAGCACUUCCAGAAGUCUGGGAAAUUUGCUAGAAAUGAUGUACCAGGAGCCAGCACGAUGGUCCUACACAUUUCAGACACUUUCCUUUAUGAGCCGUCUGAAGCUGCAGCUGGAGCCCAUCCCGGGGAGUGCCCUGCCGGCAGAGGGCUCUGUGCGGGUCUUCGAGAGGUCUGUGUACAGUGACAGGUAUAUCUUUGCAAAGAAUCUUUUUGAAAAUGGCUCCCUCGGUGACAUAGAGUGGCACAUCUAUCAAGACUGGCAUUCCUUUCUCCUGCAGGAGUUUGCAGACCGACUUCUCUUACACGGCUUCAUCUAUCUCCGGGCUUCUCCCCAGGUUUGUUGGGAAAGACUGUGCCAAAGGGCCAGAGAAGAAGAGAAGGGCAUUGAGCUGGCUUAUCUCAGACAGCUGCAUGCUCAGCACGAAGACUGGUUCAUUAACAAGACCACCAAGCUCCACUCUGAAGUUCUGCAGCAUGUGCCGGUGCUGGUGCUGGACGUCACUGAAGAUUUCUCUGAAAAUGCAGCCAAACAAGAAGAGCUCAUGGGACAGGUAAACAGCUUUAUGAGGAACCUGUAAGCAGUGAGUAGGCAUCUGGACUGUCAUCUGGGCCCUGACCCUCUCAAGCUAGCAGAUGUUGGCCUUUGUCUGCUGGCUGUGCGCAUCCCCGCGGCCACUUAAGCAUUCCCACACCUGGGUGCGUGCUGACUCUGUACUGCCGUUGUCUUUUUCCUUUGUUUAUAUCUUUUUAAUAAUCUCAAGCACUUUGAAAAUAAAGCUGGCUUAAGUUUGCUAUUUUUCUAA